CCUCAUACAGCCGCCACGCUUCAUUUAGCCUCCAGUGGAUACGCGAUGGAUUUAAGUUCGUGAUACAUGGCCGAGGGGUAGUCGUGCCCCUCUUAACCCCCUUCUCCCUUCAUCCCCUGAUCCUGAUCUCCCCUGUACCUGACUCCCUGUUACCUGACUUCAACUCCAUCACAAUGGCCUCCCCUACCGUAAAGCUAAACAGCGGCUACGACAUGCCCCUUGUGGGCUUUGGUCUGUGGAAGGUGAACAACGACACCUGCGCCGACCAGAUCUACCACGCCAUCAAAGAGGGAUACCGUCUGUUCGACGGCGCCUGCGACUACGGCAACGAAGUCGAAGCCGGCCAAGGUGUUGCCCGGGCUAUUAAGGAGGGCAUCGUGAAGCGCGAGGAGCUCUUCAUCGUCUCCAAGCUCUGGAACAGCUUCCACGACGGCGACCGCGUCGAGCCCAUCUGUCGCAAACAGCUCGCUGACUGGGGCAUCGACUACUUCGAUCUGUACAUCGUGCACUUCCCCAUCUCCCUGAAAUACGUCGACCCGGCCGUCCGCUACCCGCCGGGCUGGAUGUCCGAGUCCAAUAAGUUGGAAUUCGGCACGGCCACGAUCCAGGAAACCUGGACGGCGAUGGAGUCGCUGGUGGAUCAGAAGCUGGCGCGCAGUAUUGGCAUUAGUAACUUUAGUGCGCAGCUGGUGAUGGAUCUCCUCCGGUAUGCGCGCAUCCGCCCCGCCACGCUGCAGAUCGAGCAUCAUCCGUACUUGACGCAGACGAGACUGGUGGAGUAUGCCCAGAAGGAGGGCUUGACGGUGACGGCGUAUAGUUCGUUUGGGCCGUUGAGUUUCUUGGAGUUGGAUGUCAAGAAUGCGGUGGAUACGCCGCCGUUGUUUGAGCAUGGGCUUGUCCAGGGGUUGGCGGAGAAGUAUGGACGCACCCCGGCGCAGGUGUUGUUGCGGUGGGCGACGCAGCGGGGCAUUGCGGUCAUUCCGAAGAGUAAUAAUCCGGAACGCUUGAGACAGAAUCUGGAUGUCACGGGGUGGGAUUUGGAGCAGGAUGAGGUGGAGGCUAUUGGUGCGUUGGAUCGGGGAUUGCGGUUUAAUGAUCCUCUGGGGUACGGCCUCUACGCUCCUAUCUUUUAGACGAUGUUACCCCAUGUAUCUCACGAAUGAUGCUUCCAACCCAU